AUGGGCUCCGCCUUCAGUGGAGAGAUGAGCGACACGCGGGAGCUCGCCAGCGUCUUUCUUGAUGCCUUUGGACGUGAAUAUGAGAAGCUCUACAUGCGGUUUAUGAUUCAACGCGUACGGAAGGCGAUGCAGCACGAGGCCGAGAACAAAAAUGAGGAUACAGUCAUGUGGAAGCUUUACCGCGCCCCUUAUAUCCCUACGCAGAUUAACGAACGUGAGCAAGUCAUGGCAGCGAAGCUCAGUAAGCACUUGAAGCGCUGGAAACCCCGUUUCUUGACUCUUCGUGGGGACUUUAUUCUUGACUACUACGCAUCCCGUGAGGAUUAUGCGGGGAAAAAACAACCGUUGGGAAGUAUUAAUUUGGGCAAUGUUGUGGUGAACUGCGAUGCCACACGCGCGACAGAAGAGCGAUUGGAUCGACUGGCCGCAAUUUGCUCCGUUGCCCGCACAGAAGUGUCGGCACCCGAAAAGUACCCCGAAAUGACAGUGGAGUUGUAUCACCCACGGCGUUGCCCCGUUUAUCUUCAGUUCCCCAAGAAGGACCGCUACGAUUUAUGGUGUGGCAUCUUUAAAAGGGCCCAUUGGCUGAUGGAUCGAGUCACAACGAACGACAGAGUUCAUCAACGGGCAUUUGUCGAGGCACUUCGCCGCGCCCGUGUCAUGUGCGGACUCCCAGACUCGCUUGAGUUCAGUGGGGGGGAGACGACGAUCCUGCAGGAUGCCAUUACGGAGCUUGUGGAUGCUCAAAUUGUUCCAAAGCUUUUGUUGGGAAUGUCAGGUCGUUCCUGGAGGGAUCGCAUGUCGCAACUGCGUUUGUUUAUAGCAAAGUCCGAUGAAUUAUUGAAAAAUUUUGUAUGGGGAAAAUGGCAUGCAACACAGGGGAAAACGUGCGGCCGUCGUGCGAUGUUGGAGGCGAAGGUGCGGGACAAUAUGAACAAAUUAAACGCCUUUGAGGAACCUCUUCGUGAGGAAGUGCAUAAUUACAUGAGUGGUGAGACCAAAUCCUUUUUAGCAACGCGGGUGGAGGCACCGUUGAAGAAACUUGCAGCCAACGUUGCGCCAAAACUUUGCGCGGUCUAUGCAGCGUUGCCGAGGAUAUACGAGGCCUGUGUCUCCCAAGGCAAAGUACGCUACGUGCCAAGCAGCGACCACAUGUUUCUUGCGUCACAGUACAACUGCAUUGGGGAGUGUUACGAAGCGGAACGAGGUCUCUGGCAGCUGCAAAAACCAAUCGCCUCCAUGAAGGAGAAGUUCAAUGACCAGGUGUUUGAGUGGCGUGUGAUCCAGGAGAGUGUAGUCAUGCCAGCACGCCGCAUCAUCGCAAACGGUAUCUUUACGUUUGAGACACUCUUUGAGCGUGACAAAAUUCGGCGGCCGUGGGAUGACGUGCUGCGUGAAGUUCGUGGCUUUUUGGAGGCGGACAGUCGUACGAUGGCGCAGGAGGCCCUCACUCUGCUGCUGUACGAGACAGUGGUACAUUUUUUUCGGGAUGAACACGUGCAGCCGUCACUGAAGAAACUGAAGUCAACGAUGAUUGCUCCGCUUGAGAACCGCGUGACGCAAGAACUCCGACCGUUCAUCCUUAGCGUACAGGAGAUUGUCGCAGAUGUCCUUGAGGGCGACCUGCGUGAUAUGUGCUUUGGUAUCGCCAAGGGCGCUAUUUUGGCCGCAUGA